UUCAGCUUUCAAGUUUCAACUGCAAAAUUCAAUCUUCUUCAGCUAAAUCCGUUUCCAAUGCUUCAAAUAAAUUUUGGGCAUUCCUCACAUUCACCGAAAUGAUUCUUCACCUCAGUCAAAAUCGCUCCUUUCUCUUCGUAAACCCUAAGCUACCACCACCACCAUUUCAACCACAAACCCGGUUACGUUUUUCCUUCAAAGCUCGAACCUUUCGAGUUUUUAACUCCACCCAUAUCGCUACUUUGAAUAACUUCUCUCCUGUUGAGUCUAAACGCGUGCCUCGUCAUGUGAAAAUUGAAGCUCAGCGUGUUCUUAUGGAUUACUUGCAUUCAACACGUGGCUACAGCUUCUUGGAUGCUGAGUAUAUCAGUAAGAAUUGCCCCAACUUUGUUAAAUCUUUGAUUGCAAAUAUUUUUGUUGGUGGAAAUGAUGUUGAUGUUGAUGUUGAUGGUGUUGCUCAUUCAUUGAGGAAGUUUCUAAGGUACAAUCCCAUUAACGAGUUUGAACCAUUCUUUGAGAGCAUAGGGAUUAGCCCCUCUGAGUUGCAAGAUUUUCUACCUAGUGGCAUGUUUUUCUUAGCUGAUGAUUCUGCUUUGGUUGAUAAUUUCCAUGUUCUGUGUAACUAUGGUGUACCUAGGAACAGGAUUGGAGAGAUUUAUAAGGAAGCAAAAGAGGUAUUUGGGUACCCUAAGGGGUUCUUGUUGGAGAAAUUUAGAGAGUAUGAAGAAUUAGGGCUAAGUAAAUCAUUUAUCAUCAAGCUUGGUGUUUGUUGCCCUUCAAUUUUGGUUGGUGAUCAUCAUGGUGAAUUUGUGGUGGUUCUUGAUUGGUUAAAGAGAAUUGGGAUUGAAGAUGAUUGGAUUGUGAGUUACAUGUCUUGUUCAAGGACAUAUAGUUGGAAGAAAAUGCUUGAUGCUAUUCAACUUCUUGAUGAAGUUGGUUAUUCUGAGGAACAAAUGCACAAUUUGUUCAAGGCAAAUCCUAAAUUGUUAUUGGAAGGUUUUGGUAAGAAGCUACGCUUGUUUUUGGUUAGAUCACAUAAGUUAGGUGUUAAGGUGAAUGUUAUGUAUUCAUAUUUUACGGAAUAUCCUCAUAUACUAUUAAACAAGUGUGCAAAAAAUUUGUUGAGAGUGAUUGAUAUUUUGUGUGCUAUUGGAAUGGAAACAGAUGAAAUUGCACGAAUUUUGUCUAAUUACAUGCAUCUAUUCAGCACACAUUCCUUCAAAGGUCCGAGAACUGUUAUCUCGGAGUUGAAAGUUGAGAAAGCCGAAUUACUCCAAGUCAUAAAGGACGAUCCACUGAAACUUAUAAGUAUGGCUUCAAGUUCGAAAAAGAAGAGCCCCAAACAGAUAUCAGUUUAUGAUCCGCGCAGACAUUUGGACAAGAUCACUUUCCUGCUGAAACUGGGGUAUGCAGAGAACUCCGAGGAGAUGGCGAAUGCAUUAAAAGUGUUUCGAGGGAGAGGUGAUCUAUUACAGGAGAGGUUUGAUUGUUUGGUAGAAGCAGGUUUGGACUAUAACAGUGUGAUUGGAAUGAUAAAAAGAGCUCCUACGAUUCUGAACCAAAAGAAAGAUGUAAUUAAAGAGAAGAUUCAUUUUGCCACAAACAUCUUAGGCUAUCCCUUAGAAAGCAUUGUGGCAUUCCCAACAUACUUUUGCUAUGAUUUGGAGAAGAUUGCUCAGAGGUUUUCAAUGUAUGCAUGGUUGAAGGAGAGGAAAGUAGUGAAUCCUUCCUUAACCUUGAGUACCAUAGUUUCAUCCAAUGAUAAACGGUUUGAAAAAUAUUUUGUAAAUGUGCAUCCUCAAGGUCCAACCAUUUGGAAAAAUAUAAAGAGGUUAUCAAAGAAAAACAAGAACAAGUAGUAACAGCUCCUUAUUUUGUAUUAUUUUCCUUAACAUGUUAAUUUUUACUAAUAUAUACAAGUCUUACUAACUCCUUUUACCUAAAGGGAAGCCGGGUGCACAAGCAUCCCACGUUAAUGCAAAGUCCAUUAACCUAAAAUGCCUUGAUAUUUUUUCUGUUUGAAAGAUAGGAAAUACCUCUCAAAUGAAUAGGGUUUCUGUUUGCUACCC